GAGUUGGUUCGCGUGUUACGUGAUGUGCAGUACACGUCGGAAUGUAAACGUAGCGAUCCGUUGAUGGACAGUUUGCAAUCGGAACGAAAUGUGCGUAAUUUGAUGAGCCGUAUGCUACCGGAUAACGUGGAACAGUAUCGUGAUUCUGUGGUCGUAAAUGUGGCCGGUAUUUUGGUCACUUUACUGGAAACGAAUUUCAUCCCCAAUUGUCCAAGUCAUCAGCUGGGAAUGGAAGAUCGUGGCAUACAAAUGCAAUGGACCGGUGGUAUACCAAGUGCCGAGAAUGAACUGAACGGAACAACGGUGUGGCAACCAGAUGCUGGGCAUAUUGUCGAAACAGUUGUUGCAGCAUCAGCUGAUCGUAUUGUCAACGCUAUCAUCAAUUCCCUUAAGGUUCUGGAUACCAACCAUAUGGCCACACAUCAGGCUGUCCUAGCAGCUUUUUCGUCGCUUUCAGUGAACCCAUUCCAACUAUUCCUGACCUAUGCCAAUGCACGACCACAGCUGACGAUUUUCCAGAAUUUGCUUCAUCGAGCCGUUACCUAUAUUCUCUACACACUUUCAUCUUCUCCAUCUCCGCUCAUACAAUACUUGUUCAAGGUAAGCCCAUCCAUGCACUUAUUUUUGUUGGAUUCUAUAUUAUUGAUGCCAAAAUGUCAUAGAUUUGCUGUUACUUAUAAGUAUCUAUAA